CAAUGCUGAUAGACCCAAGGUAUGUGGCCUAUGACACAGUCAGUGUGGACUCUGAGAUUCAGACUGGGACUGAUUUCCUCUUCAAGCAGCCGUGAUACAUGGUAAAGUUGAUACUAAAGGAUGAUACUUUUCAAGAGUACAGUCAUGGCUUUCAUGAGCAUUGCCAUUUCAGCUGGAGUACUAGCUGUACAGCAGCAAGUUAAAAACAUCCAUCUUCUUUCUCCAGAAGAGCAAAAAUUGAUUCAAAAUGCUGGACAUAAAGGGUUACCCAGGGACUGUCAUGAACUGUGGGAAAUUUCUGGAGGUCAGGCACGGGAUGGUGUCUACAUAAUCAAGCCCAGAGACUCCCCUAUUGUAGCUUUCUGUGCUAUGCAGGAAGGUGGCUGGACUGUGAUCCAGCACAUCACAGUUAACAGCAGUGUGGACUUUGACCGCUCCUGGGAGGAGUACAAAUUGGGCUUUGGAACCUUGACUGGCAAUCACUGGUUGGGCAAUGAGUACAUCCAUCAGCUCACCAGUGGACCUAUCCGCUAUAAGCUGGGUAUCAAGCUAGUGGACAAAGAUGCUAUUACCAAAACAGGUGAAUAUGACCCCACACUGGUGGAAGGAGAAGAUGCACAGUACAAGUUGCGUCUAGGCUUGUACCAUGGCACUGCUGCAGAUGCUCUAACUCUGGACCCAGAAAACUACCUCCAUGAUAACCAGAAAUUUACUACCAAGGACCGUGACAAUGAUAACUAUUUCCAGAACUGUGCCAAGCUAGAGUUCCAGGGAGUUGCAGGUGGGGGGUGGUGGUAUGACGCUUGUGCCGGUGCCAACCUCAACCGCCGGAACGUCAUCUAUUGGCAAAAGGACUGCAACAAGGAGCAUCUGUGUAAAUAUGCCUGGAUGAUGGUAAAGCCUUCAGAUAUGGUUAAAGUCAUGCAUCCUGCAGAAUGCAAAAGGGAUGAGCUCUGAGUGAACUUAUUACAUUGCAAUCAGGGUGUGGGAGGGCUGACCAGUACAAACAAAAAUAUCUCUCUGAUCAUUUGUUUAAAGACAGGAUAAAUUUUCUCCUAUUUGAUAAAAAUUCAGGUAACUGAGAUCGACUGGAACUUAGAUAAUAUGUAUUAGAAGAUCAAUUGUGAUGUUUUAUAAAUAUUAAAUUAUUAUAAUUGUAUAGGGUGUGACAAAGUUUUGAAGUAGAUCUGUGUUUUUGCAAAUCAUAAAUACAAAGAGAUUGGUGUAAAGGGCAAAAAUGAUUAUAUAAUAAAACAGCUGAGUGCAAGUUUCAUUGCAA